AUGGCGUCUAAGAUGUCACCCCUUGUGCGGACGGCCGUACGAUCCGCCGCCUCGCGAGCCAGCACCACGGGCUCGGCCUUUGCCAUGCAGGCUCGAGCUCUAUCCGUUACUGCUCAUAGAUACAGCGACACACUUCAAGUUUUGUUUUGGCUGACACCAGACAACAUCGAUAAACAGCACCGCAACACCAAAGACAACAACCCCGACAUCCCAUUCAAGUUCAACGCAAAGAACGAGGCCAUCAUCGCCGAGAUAAUGAAGCGCUACCCCCCCCAGUACAAGAAGGCCGCCGUCAUGCCCCUGCUCGACCUAGGUCAGCGCCAGCACGGCUUCACCUCGAUCAGCGUCAUGAAUGAGGUAGCCCGUCUGCUUGAGAUGCCCCCCAUGCGAGUCUACGAGGUCGCCUCAUUCUACACGAUGUACAAUCGGAGUCCUGUCGGGAAAUUCCAUGUCCAGGCUUGCACCACGACCCCCUGCCAACUCGGAGGCUGCGGCUCAGACGUCAUCGUCAAGGCAAUCAAGGACCAGCUCGGCAUCAAGCAGGGCGAGACCACAUCCGACGGCCUCUUCACCUUCAUCGAAGUCGAGUGUCUGGGUGCCUGCGUCAAUGCACCCAUGAUCCAGAUCAAUGACGAAUACUACGAGGAUCUCACGCCCGAGACCGUCGUCAGCCUUCUCAAGGCCCUCAAGGAGAGUGCUCUCGCUGCCUCCCCCGACUCCGAGCCUGCCCUGCCCAAGUCCGGCCCCCUGUCUGGUAGGCAGUCUUGCGAGAACAGCCAGGGCCAGACGAACUUGACCAGUGAAACGUGGGGUAUUGAGAAGACGAGGGCUGAUCUGUAA